AUGCCGAACGGAGAAUGUGUCUCGACCAACUCGCAUAGGGAGAGCGACUCUGACAUGAUGACUGCAUCGGUUGACGUGGCAGCAGCAUCUCCUUCUGUGUACACUGAACCGGGCAACCUUUACCCAUAUAUGGAAGUGGCCUCUUAUGCCCUUGAUAGUGAACUUUAUCAAGGCGGACAGGGACAGUAUGGUUAUGCAAUGAAUAUGUCUGACACCGCACAGUUUGAUGUAUCUCAACUGCUUCUGUCUCAGAUUGCAGAGGAGCACUAUCCCUCGACCACCACUGACCAGGCUGGGGGGACCUUUGCCUCGCUUCCUCAGGCAGAGUCCGAGGUUCAGUCUGCAGGCUACGAGCCACCUUCCACUGCUGCCGCUUAUCAGCAGGUUGGCCUCUGGCCUGACAAUCAGUCACCACGACCCGAGAGCAUUCUUCGGUCUCAUCGUUGGAGCAGAAGCCACCACCGCAGUUCCAGGUCCAACAGGUCCCGAGACUGA